AUGUUUUCAUUUGAAGAUUCUUUUAACUUUAAAGCACAAAUGCUUUAUACCCCUAUCUUUAAAGUAAAAAUAUUUCAUAGUAGUAAUUUCUCAAAUAACUAUGUUAUAAUUGUAUCUCCAAUUCAACAACUCAAUGAAGAUGGAUAUAAAAACAAGGAUAAUAAAUUAGAAUAUGCUUUUUCUAUCAUCAGUAUAAUUGAAUUAAAAAUAAUUGUAAAUCUGAGCUUUAAAGCUUGCAUAAUAAUUCUUGAUAUCUCUAUUGAAUAUUUUGAAAAAAGCCUCACUGAUAGUGUUAUCGUAAGCAUUGAUACAAUGGUUAUAAAAGGAUACCUUAGGUUUUACAAGAAGGAUGAAAAUGUAUGUUUAGAUUAUAGUCUUAAAGUGUUUAAAGCUCCCGCUGUUUAA